GUGAUCCUCACCUGCUGGCACCUCGUCUUCGCAACCGUAGCAACCCAAAUCCUAGCCCGCACCACCCACCUCCUCGACGGCCGCAAGAACAUCAAAAUGACCGGCCGCAUCUACCUCCGCGCCAUCGUCCCCAUCGGCCUCCUCUACUCGGCCAGCCUGGUCUGCUCCAACAUGGUCUACCUCUACCUCUCAGUCGCCUUCAUCCAGAUGCUCAAAGCUGCCGCCCCCGUCGCGGUCCUGCUCACGGCCUGGGCCUGGGGGGUCGAGGAGCCCUCGCUCAAGCGCUUCCUCAACAUCCUCUUCAUCGUCGCCGGCGUCGGUCUCGCUUCCCUAGGCGAGAUCAACUUUUCCAUGGCUGGUUUCCUGUUCCAGGUUGGGGGGAUCGUGUUUGAGGCUAUGAGGUUGAUCAUGAUUCAGGUUUUGCUGAGCGGGGAGGACAUGAAGAUGGACCCGCUGGUGAGCUUGUAUUACUACGCUCCCGUCUGCGCGGUGAUGAAUGUGAUUGUGGCUAUUGGGAGCGAGGCGAACAGGUUUGACUUUGGGGAUGUGGGGAGGGCGGGGGCGGGGUUGUUGGUGCUGAAUGCGAUGGUGGCGUUUAUGUUGAAUGUUUCGAGUGUUUUCCUCGUAAGUCAAUAUCCCCCCUUAACUGUCCAGCACAAAGAUACUAACAACCACGUAAAGAUCGGAAAGACCUCGGGGCUGGUAAUGACCCUGACGGGCAUCCUCAAAAACAUUUUGCUGGUCAUCAUCUCGGUCAUGAUCUGGAAGACAAACAUCACGGCGAUCCAGUUUGUGGGUUACGCCAUCGCCACGGCAGGGUUGGCGUAUUACUCCCUCGGGUGGGAGCAGACGGUUGCCAUCUCGGUCGGUGUCUGGGUGUACGCCAAGAGCUUGUGGGAGAGGGUGGCGGGGAGUUACUCGCCGCUCAGCCAGGGGGAGGGAGGAGGAAGUCAAGAAGGAGCGGGGAGGUUACCUGCUGCUGUGAAGAGGGCGUUGAUCAUGGGGUUGGUUGUUGUGACGGUGGUGGUGCUGGUGGCUGGGUUCCUUUAUGGGAGCGGGGGGCCGGCUACGGGGCCGGUGUCGAAGGAGGUGGAGGAGAUUGGGCAGGGGGCAUAA